AUGGCCGCCGCUGAACAACCCUAUGACCCUUAUAUCCCCGCUGGCUCUGCCGGAGCCGCUGGUGUCUCAUCGAAGGAUGGCAACCAGCGAACAGCCGCAUUGCAAGCCCAAAUCGAUGACACCGUGGGUGUGAUGCGCGAAAACAUCAACAAGGUCUCCCAGCGUGGUGAGAACUUGGACUCCCUUCAGGACAAAACCGACAACCUGGCCGUUUCAGCCCAAGGCUUCCGCCGAGGCGCCAAUCGCGUGCGCAAGGAUAUGUGGUGGAAGGACAUGAAGAUGCGUGUUUGUCUGAUCAUUUGCGUGAUUGUGCUCCUCAUCGUCAUCAUCGUGCCAUCUGUGGUCGUCGGUGGAAAAAAGAACUAA